AUGGCGAGCACGUCGGCGGAGAUCAUCGCCUUCCUGCUGACCAUCUCGGGAUGGGUGCUGGUGUCCUCCACGCUGCCCACCGACUACUGGAAGGUGUCUACCAUCGAUGGCACGGUCAUCACCACCGCCACCUUUUGGGCCAACCUCUGGAAGACCUGCGUGACCGACUCCACCGGCGUCUCCAACUGCAAGGACUUCCCAUCCAUGCUGGCGCUGGACGGUUACAUCCAGGCCUGCAGAGGAUUGAUGAUCUCCGCUGUCUGUCUGGGCUUCUUCGGUGCCGUUUUUGGACUGGUUGGGAUGAAAUGUACAAAAGUUGGAGGCUCUGAUCAGACUAAAGCAAAAAUAGCUUGUUUAGCUGGACUGAUUUUCAUACUCUCUGGGUUGUGCUCUAUGACUAGUUGUUCCCUGUAUGCAAACAGGAUUACGUCUGAGUUCUUUGACCCUUCUUUUGUUGCACAAAAGUAUGAAUUAGGAGCAGCUUUGUUCAUUGGAUGGGCUGGAGCAUCACUCUGCAUAAUUGGUGGCAUUAUAUUCUGCUUCUCAAUAGCUGAAAACAGCAAUGCUGCAAGGAGGGGGUAUGCCUAUAAUGGAGCCACAUCUGUGAUGUCUUCUCGUACAAAGGUGCACAACAGCGUCCCUGACAAAAGCCCACCCAAGCACUUUGACAAGAACGCCUACGUUUAGUUGCACUGUUGGAAGACUCAAAGCGUUUUUAAACGUGAUUUUGUACGUUUCAUUCAGAGUGAUUCCCCCCACCCCAAGCCCUAUGUACUUACCACUAAGACAAUGACUUUUAAAAAUAUUAAC